CCCUGGGAUCCGUGCCACUCCGGUUGUUGGUUGCGCUCCAAGCUCCGCUAAAGCCCACAAAAGUGUUUCACACAAAAGACAGUUGCUUCUCUUUAGCUCUCUUUACGCACCAGAACUUUGGACGUGGAGAGAUGCUGCUGGUUUGGAAAUGUCUUCUGGAAAACCUAUAGGAGUGUUGUGGGGAGGCAGAUUUGGUUUGUGGGAUGGGAAUUUGAAAUCAGGUUGGUAUUUGGAAAAGGUCUAAUUUUUUUUUUAUAUUGGUAUGGAUGCCCCUGGGUGCCUGUUUGAUCUGUAGGGAAAAGUGGAGGCACUGAGACUACCCCACACUUUUGGAUCAGGGAGUAACAUUUAUGCCAGGUAUUUAUUCUUCUAGUCUGGGGUGUGUGUGUGGGGGGGGAUCGGUUUUGAGUUUCUUCUAUUUUUUAUUUUGUUAGUGUUCGGGAAUUUGCCUUAAUACUUGUUGAAACCUUAUGACUCACUGCAAAGCCGAAGAUACCAAGUAGACAAGGAGUUCCUGAUAGGACUUUUUAGCUGAUAAUCACCCUUAUCUCUGAAACCAGCAAGAGGUUGUUUAUAAAAUAGUGUAAUGCUUUCUUUAGAUCUUUCUCUUGGCUUCAUAGCAACUUCAUAAAAUAAUAGUAUUUCCCAGUUUGGUGAAAGCUUAUUUCUCUCCUAUAUUUCCUCUUUUCUUUGACUUCCUUCUGAUUCUAUCGCAUUUUUUCCUGGAAAAGUACUUCCUGAUAUGUGAUCACCUGUUAGCUUUCAUUACCUAAACUAUCCUUUGACACAAUUUUGGUUGUCAAGACUGUCUUGGGUUUAGAGCCUCAGUCUUGAACUUCAUGUGGCCAUGGAUAUGAGUGACACAAAAUUAUUUUGCAGGUUUUCUUUUUUGGACAAGUGACUUCAUGACUUUGUAUUGUCUUUGCCAGUGUCCCACAUAGUGCCCUUACUCCCAUUCAUUGGAGCAAGACAAGAUUACUGGAUGAUAGAGUCAGUUCUGCAUAAACUAAACAACUCUUGAACAACUACUUGGUGAAGUGAAUGCAGGACUUGGAUAAUUCUGUGAAAGAGCUCUGAAGGCGCCGAGGAGAAGGAAACACAUCCCACGUCACCUCAGGGAAGGGGCCUUUCCUGGCCAUGUCUUCAACAGCAACGGCUGAGCCAGAAGGGGACCAGCAGGACAGGCAUGUCAGCAAGCUCAUUUUCUUCCUCUUUGUCUUGGGCGCCGUCCUGCUAUGUGUGGGAGUCUUGCUUUCCAUCUUUGGGUACCAGGCCUGCCAAAAUGAAUCCCUCCCAGACUGCAGCAUGGUACUAAAGAUCGCUGGGCCUUCAUGUGCUGUGAUUGGGCUUGGGACUGUGAUCCUGGCCCGCUCCAGGGCACGACUUCAGUUCCUGCAGGGGCGGCGACGAGGCGACCAGGCAGACCCAAACCAAGCCUUCAUCUGUGGAGAGAGCCGCCAGUUUGCUCAGUGCCUUAUCUUUGGGUUUCUGUUCUUGACAAGUGGCAUGCUCAUCAGCAUACUGGGCAUUUGGGUUCCUGGAUGUAGCUCAGACUGGGUGUCGGAAUCACUGAACCAGACAGAAACUGCCAGCAUGGAGCCUCCAAUCUGUGGGUUCCUUUCUCUGCAGAUCAUGGGGCCUUUGAUUGUGCUUGUGGGAUUGUGUUUUUUUGUGGUUGCCCACAUCAAGAAGAGAAACAACUUGAGUGUGAGCCAGGAUGCCUCUGAAAGCGAAGAGGGACAUACCCACAACAUGGAGCCUGUCCAGGUCACUGUAGGUGACUCUGUGAUAAUAUUCCCACCCCCUCCGCCACCUUACUUUCCUGAGUCUUCAGCUUCUGCAGGAACUCGAAGUCCUGGGGCAAACAGCUUGCUUCCAACCGAAAGCCCGCCUUCUUAUUACAGCCUUUUUAAUGAUGGCAGAACCCCAGCUCCUGAGAGCCGGGGCCAGGCCCCCGAGAGACCACGAGAGUUCGUGUACACCAUCUCUGGGCCACCUGCCCGCUCCGACUUCUCCCACACUCCUCAUCCCUCAUCGGAACCGCCUCCUAGAUAUGAAGAAAAAGAACACGCCCCAAACACAUCCUUGUCUCCGUCUUCAGAGUCUUCCCCACCGUGAACUCAGUGCGGUUUUAUAUAUAAUGAAUCAUUAUUUUAUUUAA